AUGCAGGGCGCGCCGCCGUCGGAGAACGAGGCGCAGGUGGUGCCAACAGACGGCACUGACAACAGUCAAGGCGGCACCGCGCAGGUUCUCAGGGUGGAGGAGGAGUCGCAGCAGUCCGCUCCCGCGCUUCGCACGCCGCGCAGCGCGGCGGAGCCGCCAGGCAGCCGUGAGGGGACUGGCGACGUCGCGACAGCGGCAGUGGCAGCGGCAACGGCAACGGGGGAGCGGCAGAAGGGGGAGGAAAAGGAAACGCGGGAGGAGGCUGUUGGGGCCGGCGCAGGCGAGACGGCGCCAGAGCCGCCCCCGGACGCCGCGCCCGCCGCGGCAGACGAUAAGGCCGCUGCGGAGGGGGCUGCCGACGAGGGUGCGACGGAAAACGCCCCCGGCGCCCCGGACGCGGAGGGCGCGCCGCAGCCGCGCGCCGGAGACGACGCCGGCGGUGGCGCGGGGCAGGCGGCGCCGGAGCUGCAGCACCAGCCCUCCGCGACGGGGGUGGCGAAGCAUCGCGUCUUCACGGAGGAGGAGCUCGCAGCGUACAUGGAGCAGCAGCGGCAGCGGGAGCGGGAAAAGAAGGAGGAGGCGCGACACUCGAAAUCGAAGCGAAAUUCGACUGCCGCGGGGUCGUCGCGAGCCCGCGGGUCUAGAGGCGGUGCGGGCUCCAUGCGACUUCCCCCCAUCGACGCCAACGCCGCCCAACUGGCACAGCAGCAGUUCUUUGCAACCGCGGCAGCGGCAGACCCUUCCCUAGCGGCCGCUGCGGCCAUGUACCCCUUGGCCCACCAGCUCGCCUACGCAGGGGCCGCGUUGCCCCCGGCCGGCGUAGACGCCCCCAUGCCGCCGUAUUCCAACCUUUUUGCCCCAAAUGCUGCACCGCCGUUCAACAACAGGCUGCGGUUUCCGCUGCAGCAGCAGCAGCAACAAGCCCUCCAACAGCCCCCAGCCUUUUGUCCACAAUGGGGAGUUCAGCCGCCGUCGCAGCCGCCAUUUAUGGGGCUUCCUCCGCCAUGCGCCACCCCGCCCAUGUUUAACCCUUCGGCCAUCAUGCGCAUGGACCAACAGCCUCAACAGAUAAAUGAACCCAAUUCCCAAUUUGUGAACCCGGCGCAGUUCCCAAACACGGCGCAGGGAGGCAUGCUGGGGCUGAGUAUGCAAGAGCUUGAGGUGCUGGCGCGGCUCAUUGUGCUUGCUCGGAAUGAGCAGCAACAGCAGCAACAACAACAACAACAAC